AUGGCGUCAGGCACGAAGAAUCGGGACUAUACAUUACGUUCGGGUCUGACCUCCGAGGGCCCUUCUCACUCCGCUAUUCUAAAUUCCUUUACGGCAUCCGCUUGUUUGUUCCUUCCAAGGGCUGGCUUUUUCGGCACCAUCGUGGAGUACGGAGCGGAGCGGAGGAUUUCCAAGCACAGCGUCCUGGGGGCCACGGUCAGCGUCGGGGUGCCCCAAGGCGUCUCUUUGAAGAUCAAGCUGAACAGAGCCAGCCAGACAUAUUUCUUCCCCAUUCACUUGACCGACCAGCUCCUGCCCAGCGCCGUUUUCUAUGCCACAGCUGGGCCUCUGAUCUUCUACUUCGCCAUGGACCGGCUGAUCAUCCAACCCUAUCUGCGGGCGCAGAAGGAGAAGGACUUGGAGAAGCAGCGAGAGAGCUGCGCCAGCGACACCUUCCAGAAGAAACAGGAAGCCGAAGCUGCUGUCCGGUUGAUGCAAGAAUCCGUCCGGAGGAUCAUCGAAGCCGAGGAAGCUAGGAUGGGCCUGAUUAUCGUCAACGCCUGGUACGGGAAAUUCGUCAACGACCAGAGCAGGCGAGACGAGAGAGCCAAAGUCAUCGACGUGACGGUGCCCUUACAGUGUCUGGUUAAGGACUCGAAGCUCAUCCUCACCGAAGCCUCCAAGGCUGGCCUGCCCGGCUUCUACGACCCCUGCGUUGGCGAAGACAAGAACUUGAAAGUGCUGUACCAGUUUCGCGGCGUUCUGCACCAAGUGAUGUCGGCGGACAACGAGGCCCUUCGGAUACCAAAGCAGUCCCACCGGAUCGAUAUAGACAGCUAAUGCAGCAGCGGAGAGCGACCGCUGCGACUUUCUUGGAUUCGAAACACCUUCACGCCCUUCGGAGAGAGAAAAGAAAAAUUAAGUGGCUUUCGCACCCGUGACCCUGGGAUCGAACCACAGCCAACUUAUUUUACAGGUGCCCAGAGGUACUUUCUCCCGUUCCUCCAUCACCCGGGCACGCUGUGGGGCAGGAGGGUCCAGGAUCAACCUCCUCCGCCCCCCCCCCCCAACAACCUCCCGCUUGUCAAAGAGGCAAGGUCAGUUUUAACCACUCAGUCGUCCCAACACUUCCGGCACCCUGCAUUUCUUGGACCUCCAUCUUAUUUCGGAUUCUCGUCAUCUACGGCAUGUACACCUGGUUGAUCCCGUCUCUCUCUAACCAAGCAUCAUAAAAACAUGAAAAAGAAGGGGAGGGGGGAAUUAGCCAUCCACCCGAUUAGGUACCAGAGACAGGCAGUUUGACCCACUCGCCGCGUCGCUGACCCGAAGGGAUCCUGCUAGCCGCCUUUCUCGAUCAAACCAGGAUCUUCUUUUCGGUGGAAACCAAAGGAAGUUAAUUCCACCCUCCGGAUCAUCCACCCUCACCCGGAAAAAAACAGGCUAUUUAAGACUCCCAACCGCUCGCUGAACCGCGAGGACGAUAAACCCAGAGGCAAGACUGCGGCUGUCGUCCCCUUCCUUGGCGGGUGGGCUCUUCGGGAAAAAGACCCACCCACCCACCUUGAGUUUCUGAAUCGCGGCCCCUUCCCCUUCCGAAAAACCGUCUCAGAUGCUCCGACGCCAGAAAACUCUCCGCUUCUCCUCGACGCCGCGAAGGCCGUGCAGUCAACUCUUUAAACAAGGUAUUUCUCGCGGAUUUUAAGCAAACGCCCGCCGGGCCAGGAAAAAAAAAAAAUGGUGUUUUGGUUCACGCACACUUCCCAAAUCGUCCUUUUUCUCCCUCGCGCUGCGAACCUAAUUUUUUUCAACUUCCAGGGGUUGGGAUAAUCAUCAUCGCAGACCCGUUUGGUGCCGGAUAUUCCAGCCGCUGCUGUUUUAUUCCCGUUCGCCGCUACGCGGCACGCCCAGAUCUUUGUGAUCGAUUGAGAUCCAGCCGCUGCUGGGGGGUGUGUGGGGGCGUCUUUGGUGACAAACAGCAAUGUCGUGGCCCUCCCCUUCCUCCCCUCCCCAUCAAUGAGCUCCUGAGGGGGGGGAGGCUGUGGGGCGGGAGGGUUGCCUCUGGUUUUUCCUGUAACACCCAAGGACAAUAAAAACAACCCCGUUUUGUGAA